AUGUCGCCCACACGGCGCGUACGGAUCGAGUCCCUCAUCGAAUGGAUGCUGCGCGCCUGCGCGGGGGUCUCGGUGCUUGUGACCGUGGGCAUCCUGUCCGUGCUGGCGGUCGAGACGGUGCGUUUUUUCCGGGACGUGUCGCCCUUCGAAUUCCUCGGGGGGAGGGUGUGGACGCCGCUGUUCUUUCAGCAGUCGUUCGGAGUGCUGCCCUUGGUGGCGGGAACGUUGCUGGUGGCUGGCAUUGCCUUGACGGUCGCGGUGCCGGCCGGUCUGUUGACGGCGAUCUAUCUAAGCGAGUACGCGCCUGAACGGGUGCGGCGCAUCGUCAAGCCGGUGCUCGAGGUGCUGGCCGGUGUGCCGACCGUCGUCUACGGCUACUUCGCGCUGCUGUUCGUGACCCCGCUGCUGCAACAGGUGAUCCCGACCCUGUCCGGGUUCAACGCGCUGAGUCCCGGACUGGUCAUGGGCAUCAUGAUUCUGCCGAUGGUCUCGUCGCUGUCCGAGGACGCGCUGCGCGGCGUACCGUCCGGACUGCGGGAAGCGGGCUACGCGCUCGGAGCCAGCAAGAUGCAGACGACGCUGCGCGUCGUGCUCCCGGCCGCGUUCUCCGGCAUCUCGGCGGCGGGCAUCGUGGCGGCGUCGCGCGCCAUCGGCGAGACGAUGAUCGUCAGCAUCGCGGCCGGACAGCAGCCGCGUCUCACCGCCAACCCGCUGGUCCCGGUGGAGACGAUGACGGCCUAUAUCGUUCAGGUCAGUCUGGGCGACACCCCGGCAGGCACGCUCGCCUAUCGCACGAUCUUCGCGGUCGGCAUGCUGCUGUUCCUCAGCACCUUGCUGCUCAACGUGAUGAGCCACUGGUUGCGCGAACGGUUCCGGGAGGGGUACUCGUGA